AAUUAUUAAGGUUAACACUAAAAGGUGAGGCUAUGGUGUGGCGGGUCGACCAUGAUAAUAACUUUCUAUUUUUAGCAACCGGUUUAUGUGAAAGUGCCGUACACAAAUCCCACUUUCAUUCUUAAUAUCUUUCUUUUUAUAGAAACUUUCUAACUUUUUUGUCUUUACUUUAGAUAAUUUUGAGGUCGGUGCUUCUUAGGUUGUAGUUGUAGGAGCAACACAAUUCCUACUUUUUCCUUUUGUUAAGGUUCUGUGAAAAUCUUUAAUUUUGUUGAUUCUCAAGUUUGGUGCAAUACAACAACUGGGACUUAAAAAAAAGAUUAUUGAUAGAGUUUGAAAAUCUUUGAUUUUUAUGGUACAUUGUUUCAGUGAAGGAACUUGCUAUAUGGAGCUCGGGUUGAAGCUUUCAGUGUUUAUUUUGCAGGACUUCUGGAUGCUGGAAAUUUGGCAAGGAAUUUUUCGUACAAAUUUUUUUGCAAAGGGUCUCUAACAUUGGUUGAAUUUCAAUUUCAAUUUCAAUUUUUCUUUCCAACCUAAUAAUGGAAGACCAAUUUUCCUCUACGGAGAAAGGAAUUGGCUUUUGGACACCAUUGGAUGUUGGAAUGAAAAGUUCAACAACUUCAGAGGAUAUGUUUAACAACAUCUCUGAGCUUAUGAACUUUGAUACUUAUGCUGGUUGGUGCAAUGGUUCAUCAUCAGUGAAUGAUCAUGAUCAUAGUUUGGUUCAUGAGUUUUCAUCAUUUGCAUCAAUACCAUAUUCACCACAUGAUGGAUUGAAUUUAGUGGAACACAUUAAUGGUCCAUUCUUUAUGACAGAAAUUGGUGGUGGAAAUUACAAUGAUAUGGAUAACUCCACUAGUUAUGGUGGAAAUUACCAACUUGAAUUCUUAGAUACUAAUAAUUCAAAUGAAACAAAUAAUUCAGAUUCACAGCAAGGACAAAAUGGUUCAUUUCAGUUACUUAAUAGUAAUAACUCAUCAGAUAUGUGCAAUUACUUGAUACCCAAGUCACCUAGUUGGUCACUUGAUGAAAGAAUGAUGAGUGCUUUGUCCUUCUUUAAGGAAUCAGCUGGUGAGGGCAUAUUAGCACAAGUUUGGGUACCUGUUAAGUAUGGUGAUGAAUUCAUCUUAACCACAAGUGAUCAACCAUAUUUACUAGACCAAAAGCUUGCAGGGUACCGCGAAGUGUCGAGGUUGUUUACGUUUUCUGCAGAAAUGAAAAUGGGGUCUUGUCCUGGUCUUCCCGGUCGCGUGUUUAUCUCGCAUGUUCCUGAAUGGACCUCUAAUGUUGGUUACUACCAUAAAUCUGAGUAUUUGAGAUUAGAGCAUGCGAUUAGUCACGACGUUCGCGGAUCGAUUGCUCUUCCUAUAUCUGACAUGCUCUCUGAAGUUUCAUGUAGUGCUGUACUAGAACUUGUCACUACAAAGGAAAAGCUUAAUUUUGACAAAGAGUUAGAAUUUGUUUCUCAUGCACUUCAGCGUGUGAAUUUAAGGACUAUUAUGCCUCCAAGACUUCUUCCUCAGUGUGUAUCAAUUAACAAAAGAGCUGCUUUAACAGAGAUAAUUGAUGUGUUAAGAGCUGUUUGUCAUGCACAUAGAUUGCCGCUAGCAUUGACAUGGAUUCCAUGUUGUUAUAGCGAAGGAAAAGGAGAAGAAUCCGAGAGAAUCCGAAUUAAAGAAGGCCAUACAAGUUCGGAUGAAAAAUGUGUACUAUGUAUUGAAGAAUCAGCUUGCUAUAUAAAUGAUAAAAUGGUAGGAGGAUUUGUUCAUGCAUGUGCUGAUCAUCAUCUUGAGGAAGGACAAGGUAUAUCAGGAAAAGCUCUACAAUCAAAUCAUCCAUUCUUCUAUACCGAUGUGAAGGCUUAUGAUGUUAGCGAAUAUCCACUUGUUCAUCACGCACGAAAAUAUAGCUUGAAUGCUGCAGUUGCAAUUAGGCUAAGGAGUACAUAUACUAAUGAUGACGAUUAUGUAUUAGAAUUCUUUCUUCCUAUCAAUAUGACAGGAAGUUCAGAACAACAACUGUUAUUAGACAAUCUCUCAGAUACUAUGAGGAGAAUUUGUAAAAGUUUGAGGACAGUUUCAGAAGCUGAACUAAGAGGGAUACAAGGUUCCCAAGAUGGGUUUCAAAAGGAAAAUGUCUCAGGUUUUUUUUCAUUGUCUAGGGGAAACUCUCAGAUAGCAUUUACAACUGGUGACCAAGAUUUAUUUCAGAUGUCAUUGAAUGCAACUAACCUAAAAAAUAUUCAAGGUCAUUGUCAGGCAACAAAUGCACCGAGAAAGCAGAUUGAGAAAAAGAGAAGUGCAGUAGAGAAAAAUGUUAGCUUGAGUGUUCUCCAACAAUACUUUUCUGGUAGUCUGAAAGAUGCUGCAAAAAGAAUUGGAGUAUGUCCAACAACUCUGAAGAGGAUAUGCAGACAACAUGGAAUUUCAAGAUGGCCGUCGCGCAAGAUAAAUAAAGUGAACCGAUCGUUGAAGAAGAUACAAACUGUUCUUGAUUCUGUCCAAGGAGUUGAAGGAGUUCUGAAGUUUGAUCCUCACACUGGUGGAUUUGUAGCAGGAGGAUCAAUCAUUCAACAAAUUGGUUCACAUAAAAGUCUCAUGUUCCCAGAGAAUUUUUUCGCUCAAGACCUCGCGCCCGCGCCUAUAACAACUCGGGAACCAAUCUCAGUAACUCCACCACCUUGUGAGAAUUCAGCCAUUAAGUUGGAGGAUGGAUUGAAGAAAGAAAAUGCUUCUUCUGUUGAUUGUAUUCAAGAUUCAACAUCAAUAACCAUGCAUGAUGAACCAUGUCAAACAUCGUGGAUUUGGACAAAGACUCAAGAUUGUCCUAAACAAACAUCUAUAGGUUCUGUUUUUGAAAAACAAGAUGAUCAAUGUGGGUUGAACAAGACUAGUUCAUUCUCAUUGAUUGAACAUGAACUUGGUGGGGACGAAAAUAACCAACCUACUUCUUCAAGCAUGACAGAUUCAUCCAAUGCCUCUGGAUCAAUGGUUCGUCGAAGCUCAUCAGGCUCUCAACAAAGCUUUGAGAAUCGAAAGCGUUCGAAAAUGAAAUCAGUUUGUGUUGAUAGUGAGUCGAAAUUUGCUGUCAAAGCUAACUAUAAAGGAGAUACUAUUCGAUUCAAGUUUGAUCCCUCUGUAGGUUGUUUUCGACUAUAUGAAGAAGUUACAACAAGGUUCAAAUUACAAAAUGGUUCAUUUACACUCAAAUAUCUAGAUGAUGAGGAGGAAUGGGUGAUGUUGGUGAAUGAUUCUGAUUUGAAGGAAUGUGUGGAAAUUUUGAGUGAUGUUGGCACACAUUGUGUGAAGUUACUUGUUCGUGAUAUACAUGGAAGUAUAGUAACUAGUAACAGUUGAUUUGAUUCUACUCAGAUAUCUCAUCAUAUAUUAUUAUGUAAUGAAGCAUGGCUUCAAUGAUACAGUUGAAGUAUUGCUUCAACAAUAUUUUGUUAGUUGAUCGCAUCAGAUUCUAAAACCAUGCAAGGCGGAAGAAUUUUUUUUUCACAAGGAAUCUAUGAUAGAUGCAAAAUUUCAUUUCUAGUGAAGAUGUUGCAUGUGUUUUCAUUGUGUUAAAUGUUUAUUGUAGUUUUCCAAAGAUAGGUUGGAGUAAGGUCAAGCUCUUUAGGGUGGAUGUUUUUAGAAGAUAGAACGAUUUUCAUAUGUAAUCACUAUUAAUAAGAGUGUGCGAGCACACGCCCACACAUAUAUAACUCUCGAGUCCUGUGGAAUGUAGAGUGUAAACAAUCUCUAUAGAUUUGAGUCUUUUGCUUUUGUUCUCCA